ACCAUUUUGCCAAAAGAAAAGAAAAGAAAAACUCCGUGGGACCAUGACAACAAAAUCUUGAUGAAUCAGUCCCUAGAAACAAAAUAUCAAAACUGAUCAAUCUCUUUCUUUCUGCGACAUUUCAUCGAACACAUCAUGUCAUACAGCUCUGGCCCUCUUCAAAUUGCACAAGAACCGGAUGAUCAAUACACAAUCUCUCUCGAUUACAACUACAAUCUCCCCAAUUAUAACGAUUCAGAUGAUGAUUCUGAUAAUUUAUCAUCAGAUAUGAAUUUUGUCACGAAUUUGUUUGAAAAUCGGUUGGAUUCUGUCCAGAAUGAGGCUGAAUUUGAUCAAGAUCCAAUUUUUAUGGGUGGGGAUGAGAAUCUUGAUUUUAGGGUUUACGGGUCGGGUCCGGAUGAGGAGGAUGAGCUCGGGAUUGAAUUGGGGAGGUUGGGGGAUGGUUUGAGUGGGCUCAGGGUUGUUGAUAUUGAUUCGGAGUCGGAUGUCGAGGAGGUGGAGGAAGUUGAGGGGUUUGAUGGUGGGGUCUGUUUGUCAGGUGAUCAGGAUGGUAUUAGGUUUGAUGAUGAUGGUGAGAUUGGGUGGGAUGAAAUGGGUGGUGAUAGACAAGGGUUUAGUUCAGAGGUUCGAGUCAAUUCGGAUGGUUCUUGGGAGGAAGAUGAUUCGGUUGAAAUUGAGGAUGAGAAUUUUAGGGAUUUGGAGUGGGAGAUUCUUCUGGCUGCUAAUAAUUUCAGUGGAGAAUUUGAGGUUGGGAAUGAGGAUGGUGUUUUGUAUGUGACGGUUCAAGACGAGUAUUUAUAUGCGCAGACCGAGAGUGCUGUGAAGGGUAGUCCUCCUGCUGCAAAGUCUGUUGUAGAGAAUCUUGUGUCGGUUGUUUUGACGAGGGAUUAUGUGAAGGAGAACAAUGUUGUUUGUGCUGUUUGUAAGGAUGAGAUUGGUGUUGAGGAGAGAGCGACAAGACUUCCUUGUAGUCAUCAUUACCAUGGAGACUGUAUUGUUCCUUGGUUGAAUUUGCGUAAUACAUGUCCUGUUUGUCGCUCUGAGUUGCCUACGGAUGAUGCCGAUUAUGAGCGGAGAAAGGAAAGAAGGGAUGAUCUAGGCUGGUUAGAUAAUUUGAAUGAUGAUUUGAAUGUUAGGAGGAAAAGAAGUAAAGGCCUGGGUUAUGCAGCACCCACACAAACAUAAUUACAACAUUGAGUAUAAGACCUCGGCAGAUUAAAAGUCGCAAAUUCGCGUAGUUACUACAAGUGU